AUGGGUAAGUGCUUCCAGAUUAUCUUCUAUGAGGACCGGAACUUCCAGGGUCGCUCCUAUGAGUGCAGCAGCGAAUGCUCUGAUCUGCACUCCCACUUCAGCCGCUGCAACUCCAUCAGAGUGGACAGCGGUGACUGGAUGGUCUAUGAGAGACCCAACUACAUGGGCUACCAGUACUUCCUGAGGAAGGGCGACUAUCCAGACUACCAGCGAUGGAUGGGAUUCAACGACUGUGUGCGAUCCUGCCGUAUGAUCCCUAUGCACCAAGGCUCUCACAGAAUGAUGAUCUACGAGCGUGCAGAGUUUGGAGGCCAGAUGAUGGAGCUGACUGAUGACUGCCCCUCCCUGUAUGAACGCUUCCAUUUGAACGACAUCUACUCCUGCAACGUGAUGGAAGGCUACUGGAUCUUCUACGAACAUCCCCAUUACAGGGGACGCCAGUACCUCAUGAGCCCCGGUGAAUACAGGAGGUUUAAUGAGUGGGGAAGCUUGAGUCCCAGGGUGGGAUCCAUCAAACGCAUCACCAUGUGAGAAAGCUGAUGUCGGCACACUGUUUAUGUGAAGUACAGUCAAUAAAGUACUGUCAA